UCAUAAUAAUCAUUUGAAUAUAAAAUCAUCAUCAUUUAAAUCAAAUAAUCAACAAUCAUUGUCAUCGUCAUCGUUAUUGAUUAAUAGCUACCAUGUAGCAUCGAAUGAAAUGUGCUAUUUUUGUUUUGAUGUAUUGUAUGCACAUCUUUAUCAGAAAUCAUCGCCUGGACGACCAAAUUUUGCUAAUAAAUCUUAUCCAUUGUUUGUUACAUGGAAUGUUGGCAAUGACCGUCGUUUACGUGGCUGUAUUGGAACAUUUAAUUCGAUACCAUUACAUUCUGGAUUACGUGAUUAUGCCUUAACAAGUGCCCUACGUGAUCAUCGUUUUGCUCCAAUCUCAAAAGAUGAAUUUAUUAAUCUACAUGUAAGCGUAUCGGUGUUGAUAAAUUUUGAAUCCGCUUUAGAUUAUAAAGAUUGGAUCAUUGGUAUUCAUGGUAUUCGUAUUGAAUUCCGAUCGGAUAAUGGCACAAAACGUACAGCUACAUUUCUGCCUGAAGUUGCUGUCGAACAAAAUUGGAAUCAUUCACAAACAAUUGAUUCAUUAUUACGUAAAGGUGGUUUUCGUGGCCAAAUCACUGAACAGGUUCGAAAAGAUGUACGUCUUACACGUUAUCAAUCUGAGAAGAUAACAAUUUCAUAUCAAGAUUAUUAUGAUAAUUUUAAUAAUAAUAUCAUCAACAAUUGAUCAACGAAAACAACACGAAUGAGAACACUUGACCACCAUCCACACACAUACACAUGAUCAACACAUUUUUUUAAUCUUUUCAAAAAAACAACAACUAACCUCUCUCUCUCUGUCUU